GACUUUCUUACUGGUUUAAUUAGUUCUUGUCAUUGUCCGGCGGAUUAAACUUACAGCAGCCGCAAAGUAGCCUAUAGCAGCCAAGGCAGUGCGUUGGUUAGAUUUUCAGCGAGCAGUUCGUAUGAGAAAGCUGAGGCUCUGGGACGGGAUAGAAGUUUGACCUGGUGCUCAAAACACGCGUGUUUUCCUUGGUGUACCGUUUGGCAUGCAUUUGUAAACGCGGUGUCGCAUUUAAGUUCAGUCUAGGCUACUUUCUGUUUGUCCAGGAGGAGCCGAGAUUAGGAUCGACUCCGUUAGCCAUGUUAGCUGCAACAUGUAACAAAAUAGGGAGUCCGAGCCCUUCACCUUCGACCAUUUCGGAUACUUCCUCGUCAUUUGGAAAAGGCUUCCACCCGUGGAAAAGAGCCACCGCGAGCAGCUGCAGCCUCGGAUCCACCCUGUCCGGUUUCGGGGUGUCCCGCAAUGGAUCCGGCAUCGCGGACUCAUUCGGCACCAACACGUCCCCCGGAUCCAGUGCUUUUUCCCUCACGUCUGGUGCCUCGCCUGGUUCACACUUUGGAAACGAUUAUUCUGUUUUCCAAGCUUCAGUGUCGAGCAGCUCUCAAGAAUCCAGCCACCAGCCGGUUUUCAUCUCCAAGGUGCACACUUCGGUGGACAGUUUGCAGGGCAUCUAUCCGAGAAUGAGCGUUGCGCAUCCCUACGAGUCCUGGUUCAAAUCGUCUCACCCCGGUAUUCCUACAGGAGAGGUUGGCACCACUGGAGCCUCUGCGUGGUGGGACGUGGGAGCGGGAUGGAUUGACGUUCAAAAUCCUAAUGGAGCAGCCUUACAAACGUCCUUACAUUCUGGUGGACUCCAGACCUCCUUGCACUCUCCUCUGGGCGGAUAUAAUUCUGAUUACUCGAGUUUAAGUCACUCUGCUUUCAGUACAAGUCCCUCUCCACACCUGUUGACAACCGGCCAGCACCUGAUGGACGGUUUCAAGCCGGUGUUAUCCUCUUAUCCGGACACAAGCCCCUCUCCAUUAGCCGGGGCAGGGGGGACUAUGCUCUCCGGGGGUCCACCUGCAUCUUUAGCGGGGUCUCCGAGGUCAUCUGCCCGGAGAUACUCAGGCAGAGCCACCUGCGACUGUCCAAACUGCCAGGAGGCAGAGAGACUGGGACCAGCGGGCGCCAGCCUCCGGAGAAAAGGUCUCCACAGCUGUCACAUCCCCGGCUGUGGUAAGGUUUACGGGAAAACGUCGCACCUAAAGGCGCAUUUGAGGUGGCACACAGGCGAGAGGCCGUUUGUGUGCAACUGGCUCUUUUGCGGGAAGAGGUUCACGCGCUCCGACGAGCUCCAGCGACAUUUACGCACACACACCGGGGAGAAAAGAUUCGCCUGUCCGGUGUGCAACAAGAGAUUUAUGCGUAGCGAUCACCUGAGUAAACAUGUAAAAACUCACAGCGCCGGAGGAUCCGCCGGCUCCGGCUCCGGGGGCAGCGGAGGGAAGAGGGGGAGUGAUACCGACAGCGAGCACAGCGCACCGGGAAGCCCUCCUUGCCAUUCCCCCGACCUGUUGCACCCACCUGAGUCAACCCAGGGAGUGGGCAUGAACGGCCUCUAAAAACUCCCCUCAGUAAAGUAAAUAAAAAAAAAACUGUAAACCAACAAAGUGUUGUGAUGGAUUUGUCCGACACGACACGAAAGUGGACAUACUUUUAUGUAUGCGAAAUGCUUCAUAAUGAGUGGUGUCCCGAGAAAAAAGGACUAUACGUUUCUUUGACUCUAUCCAAGUGUUUAAGACUGCUAAUUCCAUAAUUCCAUAGCUGUAUCACCAGAAUAUUCUCAUUAAUACAUGCGGUGUGAAAGUGGAAUCAAGUUAUUGUGGUCACACUGGAACUGGGCACAACCGAAACUUUUGUUUGCAUCUGAUCCAGAAUUUAAUUUUUGAUGUUUACUUUCCCAGGAUAUGAGAAACAAAAUAUAUAAAACACUGCUGUGAAACAUUUAGGCCUGCAAAGUUGUGCUACUACUGUCAUACAUGUUGUUCAAAACCAAACUCUGGCACUUUAUUACGCAGCAGGAAAUUGUUUUCAUUUGUGUCCCUGUGAGGACUGCUCGGUAGGAACAAAUACUUGUAGAGUAUGGUAAGAUGCGUGAUGGGGUAGUUUUGUUUUACCUGUCUGAUCCUAUCGAGCGUUUGAUAACGGGGGAGCAGUUGUAGGUUUUUAUCACAUAUUGCUAUUCAACAGCCUACAGUGUGUGCGUCGAGCCAAGUCUUAGGCCAGUUGAGGUAACAUACACUUCGCUGCAAAAUGUGUUGUACAUAAUAAGAAAUGUAGGUUAGAAUAAUUACAGCCCAAUGUAAAGGUGAGUAAUGUAUUUGUCCAGGAGACGAUUUUGUAUAGGUAUUUCUAGUUGUAUAUGGACUCUAGUAAAUAUUUGAAAAUAUACGGAAAUGUACUUGGAUUUUUCUUUGACAUGAUAUGAAAUGUAUUGUGGGAAGUUAUAUUUAACCACGAGUUUUCUUGUAUUUAGGGGGUCAUUAGGCGCACUUUGAAUUUAUUUGUAAGGUUUUAAAAUAAUUUACUGUUCACCCACUCUUUUAAUUUAAGUAAGCAUGUUGUAAAGUGAUUUUAAUUUUACAAUAUUUUUUCCCCUCCGAGAAUGGCUUUUUAUGUAAGCCACUCAAUAAAGUCAGUAUGAAUUCAGAA